UUUACAUCCUGCUAAAUCCCUCUUCCUGGACGAUCGUGGCGUUGAAUGUGUCGUGCCUAAUUGGUCUAUGUGGGACUCUUAACGGGGCGAACAAGGCUGGCGCUUAGCAAGAGUAAUCGAACAAAAGGGCAGUAGUGCGAGAAACAAAGCAAGAGGGACACCCCUUUCUUCACCUUGUAUUUCCACUUACGCUCAUCUGCCCCCUGCCCCCAGCAUUACAUUAUCAUCUGGCACGACAGUAAAUGGCAUCCGCUCCCCGUCUUCGAGUUCCGGCCUUGCAACCGCUAGAGGGGAUGGAAUCCAUCAGCGACACCGCAUCCGAGGCCGGCAAGGCGGGACGCCCAGUUCUUCUCUCGUUCGAUGAGAUGCCCGAAUGGUUCCGACGGGAAUCCAACCAGUGGAUUCUGCAUGGCUAUCGGCCUAUCUCAGGCUCGGCUCACGCUUCGUUCUGCAGUUGGUCGUAUCUUCACAACGAGUCAGUCAAUAUCUAUUCCCAUCUCAUCCCGGCGGUUUUCUUCCUACUCGGCGAGUGGUAUAUCCAGCAGUACCUUGCCAGCAGAUACUCCGGGGUCACUGGUGCCGAUUUCAUUGCUUUCUCCAUCUUCAUGGUGACGGCCGUCACGUGCCUGUCGUUGUCAGCGACGUACCACACUUUGAUGAACCACUCCAAACACGUAGAACAUCUCUGCCUGCGACUCGACAUGCUGGGCAUAGUGAUCUUCAUACUGGGUGACCUUAUCUUGGGAAUAUAUAUGGUUUUCUGGUGUGAACCUUUGCCCCGCAAUAUCUACUGGUCUAUGAUUGGAGUUUUCGGGACGUUGACCAUCUUCAUGACAAUGCAUCCCAAGUUCCAGGGCCGAAACUAUCGCCUCUUCCGAGCAUUGAUGUUCGUGGCGACUGGCUUGUCCGGUGUUGCGCCCUUGAUCCAUGGACUCAAUGUGUUUGGCGUGUCGCAGAUGAUGAGAAAGGCUUUUCCCUAUACUCUGGCAAAAGCAGGCUUCCUUCUAUCUGGGACUUCAUUUUAUGCAACCAGGUUUCCCGAAAGUCGAUAUCCUGGCAAAUUCGACCUAUGGGGCUCCCAUUCGAUCUUCCACAUUCUGGUGGUAUGCGCCGCCGUGGUCCAGUUGAUUGGGUAUCUGGAUGCUUUCGACUAUGCGCAAGCAAAUCUUAGUUGCUCGUCUCUUUGAAAUCUGUUUCUCCUAAUGUACGUUUCUUCAAGUAUUGUCAAGAUCAGGCAUCGUGAACGGUAUCACGGAUAGCGCGAUCAACACUAGCACAAGGCUGCACAGCUACCUACCUACAGAUUGUCUUUGCUGCUUAUGACUGAACAUGAGUAUAAGAGGCCGACUUUCGUCUCUCUUUUAGAUAGAAAAUCAAGACUCUUCAAU